AACCUACUACAGUGAAACCUCUACUAACGGACACCUCCUUUGAGCGGACACCUCUAUUGGACGGACGCAUUUUCAUAGUCCGGAAUUCGUAAAUGCAAAUCCUUCAGAUAGUACCCUCUCUUGGCCGGACGCUCCCUUGGACGGACGCGGACACCUAUUUUUGGUAUACUAGGUUUCGAAAUUCUCCCUUGAGCGGACAACCGAAACAUAGGCAACGUAAAUAUUUCAGAAUAAUUCACUACCUACUGUGUUCACGUGGUUCACAGACGGUGAAUCCCCGGUUGUAGAGGAUAAUCAUCCUGGGAUUCCCGGGUUUUCAAUACGUUUGGUCUAGUUCACUAGUUCAGUUUAGUUUGAUCUUCCCGAUAUAACGUCUGAGAUUAGUUAUGUCUACAAAACGUCGAGUAUUGACUCUCGAAGAGAAAAUUAAUGUUGUGAACAUAUACAAUGAGCAAAAACUUAGUGCGAGAGAAUUGUCCAAACGCUGCAAUAUUGGAAAAACGGCGGCUGCUGAAAUUGUUAAAAAGAGGAAUGAAUUAUUGGAUCAGUGGCGUUCCAAUGACUGUAAGAGUAAAAAGCGGAAUUUUUUAACACCGACGGGCACAACUAUCGACAAAUGUUGCUUUGAAUGGUUUAUCAAGGCGAGAAAUAAAGGAAUUCCAUUGUCAGGGCCAAUUAUUCAAUCGAAAGCGAAAGAGAUUGCGAAUAAUAUAGGAUAUAAAGAUUUUAGUGCAUCCUCUGGUUGGUUGGAAAAAUUCCGUAGAAGGCAUAAUAUCGCUUUUAAAUCCAUAUCAGGGGAAGCCUCAAGCGUGAAUCCGAUAGACGUAGAAAGUUUCUUGAGUAAAUUGCCAAUGUUACUGAAAGAUUAUUCACCUCGGAACAUUUUUAACGCUGACGAGACGGGGCUAUUUUUUCGCGCCUUGCCAAAUAAGACCCUAACCUUAAAAAAUGAAAAAUGCAUCGGUGGAAAAUUGUCCAAAGAAAGGCUCACGAUACUUCACUGCGUAAAUUUGGCUGGAGAGAAGGAAAAACUGUUGGUGAUUGGGAAGACUAAAAAACCAAGAGCUUUCAAGAACAUUAAUGUGAGUGAUUUACCAGUUUUUUGGAGGAGCAAUAAAAAGGCUUGGAUGACAUGUACAAUAAUGGAGGAGUGGUUGAAAAAUUUUGAUAGAAAAAUGGGUAAGGAAAGAAGAAAAAUUUUGUUAUUUUUAGACAACGCGUGCUCCCAUCCGAAAGACAUAUGUUUAACAAACAUCCAGUUAAUUUUUUUACCACCGAAUUGUACGUCCGUCGUCCAACCAUUAGACCAAGGUAUCAUUAAAAAUUUCAAAACUUUUUAUCGAGCAAUAGUUGUGAAAAAAUUAUUGUCUGAAAUUGAAUCAGUUGAAAAGGCUGAGGUUCUUACAAAGAAUAUAAACGUACUCGAUGCUAUUUAUUAUAUUAAAACUGCCUGGCAGAGAGUUAAAGAAGAAACUGUGAGGAAUUGUUUUCACAAAGCUGGAUUCAGACAGGAAUCUGUCGAAGAAACAACGGAAAAUGUAAUUUUUUCAGCUGAAGAUGAUAUCCCUCUAGCUGUUCUACAAGAAAUGUGGAGGAAUGCUCGAACGAUAGGUUAUAGAAAUGAAGAAGUCGAAGAUUUUAUCAAUAUUGAUACUGAUUUGAUGAUAGAAGAAAUAGAUGAAAACAUUCCAAUCUAUAAUGUUGGCGAAGCAGAUCAGUCUUCUGGUGAAUCGGAUGAAGACCCAGUCGAAAAUGAAGAUAUUCCAAAGAAUUAUUCUCAAGCCAAUGGCAUCUUGAAGACAUUGAAAGGGUUCGCCAAGAAUAAAGGAGACUCAAAGGCAGUUGAGAUGCUGUCUGAGUUAGAACUUCAUUUCCAAAAUCAAGUUUCGCGAACAAAUAUAAGACAGACAUCAUUAUUUGAUUAUUUUUCAGCAACUUAACAAUCUUUCAGAUUUUUUUUCUUAAAUUUUAUAUUUUUAUAAUAAUAUACAUAAUAUAUAUGAUCAGAUAUUCUGUUUUAUUCAAUUCACCUUUCAAACAUUUGUGGUCAAGCCCUCCCUUGUACGGACGCCUCCGUUAGACGGACACUUUUUCACGGUCCCAAUGGUGUCCGCCCAAGAGAGGUUUCACU